UCUUGCAGGAGACAAUUCACUGCAAGGUCUCCUUCUUUAAAACUGCACUUAACAUUUAAGCAAUUAACAUUUCAACCACCUCGCUCAGUUUCCCUGUUCUGUCACUGUGCCUGUGACUAACUGUAUGGAUAUUUUCUGCUCUACCACGCACACACACACACAGCAAGCGUAGACUGGUGGGUGGAGGGGGAGGAGUUUGUGUCAGAGGAGGUUGAGCUGUCUACUGUGAGGUUUAUAGAGUAGCAGACAGGGGUGCUGUCCUACAAAGAGGGAAUGGAAGAGACUCUGACAAUGAACGAAAGUAGACAGUAAGAGAGAGAGACAGAAAGACAGAGAUUGAAAGAAAGUCUACAUGCAGCCAGCCUGGGACAGCUGGCACUAUAGAGAGACAGACGUUGGACUCUAGCACUCAUUUCCUGUCUGCUCCACUGCAAGCCCAACUCCUUCAGCUCACCACUGCAUCAGGAGAGUCAGCCCAUGUGGAGAGGGAACCAGUUUCUUUUUUUUCAGACACUCAGCAUCUAGGUCCUGAGGCAAGGAGAACUGAAGCAGAGUCCUGCAGAAUUGCUGGAGGAGGAAACAUUGAGGUAACAACUUAGAGUGUCUGUGUGAUUAUGGAUGACUCCAGCCGUCAUUUUGAGUAGAGCGUCUUCCUCCAUCAUGGUACAGCAAAGGGGACACAAAUACCCAGCAGUUAUGGACAGUGAUAUGAGCCAAGAGGUUUUCUUGGGACUGGGUGCAGAUGACAGGGAGGAGAUUUUUGGACGGUUGCCCUCCAACAAAGACCCCAACUGGUGCAAGACUCCCACGGGUCACAUCAAGAGGCCCAUGAAUGCAUUCAUGGUCUGGUCGCAGAUCGAGAGACGGAAGAUCAUGGAACAGUGGCCAGACAUGCACAAUGCAGAGAUCUCCAAACGCCUAGGCAAGCGCUGGAAACUCCUCCCCGACUAUGAGAAGAUCCCCUUCAUCAAGGAAGCGGAGAGGCUCCGGCUAAAGCACAUGGCCGACUACCCCGACUACAAGUACAGGCCCCGGAAGAAGAGCAAGAGCUCCAUUCCCGUGCGGGUUGGGGACAAGGUCCCCUUGAAGACAAGCAAGUCCCACCAGGGUAGUCGCGCAUCUGCUUCCGCAACCUCCACCGCCACCAGCAGAGGGCUCAAGAUACGAACGCCUUCCUCCAAACACAGAGCCAGCUUCGACAGCAAUAAGUUCAAAGGUUACGAUGAGGGCAUCAGCGAUGAUGACACAGUGGAUGUAGAGUUGGCCAGUCCGAUGACGAGCCAGCCAGGAGGGCAGAGGCCAGCAAGCCUGGGUGUCUUCCACCACCAGCAGGCUGCCAUGACCCCCGGCGAGCAGCAGACUCAGCUUGCAGCCCAGCUCAGAGUCAAAGUGUCAACCACCACCUCCCACCAGCCCACCUCCAAGCUGCCUGUGGGCCUCUCCUCUGGGUCUCCAGUACCCCACAGCCUCCCAGAGUCAUCCCCCAGGGUGUCCUCUUCCUCGGAGCCUCUGGCUCCCCUCUCCUCCACCGGCCGCUCCUCCACCGGCCGUUCCUCCACCCCCACCUCCACCAGCUCCUCCUCCUUCGUGUCGUCGGCCUCCUCCGACGAGGAGCUGGACGAGGAGAUUUUGCAUAUUAUCUCCAACGCCAACUUCGACACCAUGCCCAUGGACUGCUCCACUCUGGACAAAGACUUUGACGCUACAUUUCACACCAACUCAGGAUCCCACUUCGAUUUCCCUGAUUACUGCACCCCGGAAGUGAAUGAGAUGAUAUCUGGGGACUUGCUGGUGCCCAGUAUCUCUGACCUGGUGUUCACCUACUGAGGCCCAGCAUGCCUAUACAGGAUUCUGGCUUACUGGAAGAAUAUAUACUAUUCAUAAAAGCCUGUGGUUUUUUGGUUAUAUUAUAAAUUGGACACUUUAUUUUGUAUUUUCUCAAUCAAGUCCGUAAGUGCUAAUUCUUCACUUUUCCCAGUAUGCCACAUCCUGAGGGUCUGGUGUACAAACAGUGAAAGGUUGCUCACGUCAAGCCUUUUAUCAGAGUUCAAAUAUUCAGGCACUGAACAGAUAUGUUCUUAGUAGAGGGAUAAUAGCGCUUUCAACAGUAAACUUAUUCAGUAUUUUUUCUUCAAUUUUAACCGGAGCAUGUACAGUAGCAUUUCCAUGUCUUUCAUAUGCAUUUGUUGUAUAUGAAGCAGCAUAACAACCAUGUUCUGACAUAAUCAACCAAACUCAAGGCAGCAACUGCAGAUUCAAAUCAAAAAAUGCAUGUUAUCAACAAACCAUCUGUAAAUAUCAAAGGGUCAAAAGGGAGAUCAUGUGAGGAAUAGUCCUUAUGUUGCAGCUAAUAGUCCUUAUGUUGCAGCUAAUAGUCCUUAUGUUGCAGGUAAUAGGAAUCUGCAGCACUUGUCAUCAGGCUUUUACAGUAGCAUCAGUUAAAGCAUAGGCUCUCUCCAGGAGAGAAAUCCGCCGCAUACUCUGUAAUUAGGUUACAGCACUUUCAUCGCCUUGCUAAUAGUGCAGACUCCAAGACAUGGAGUUAAUGUAAACACAAGCCUUGUGUGUGUGCCUGAUUCAUUCCAGACAGUUGUGUGACUGUAACGGUGGUAGGUGGUUAGAGAGUAGGGCUAAGUACUGGAGGGGGAAGAGGAGGAGUGAAAGAGGGGUUGGGGUUGUCUAUGAUGGGGGUCAGGAGAGGCUUUUCAUUCAGGGAGCUGUGCAUCUGCCCUUGCAGGCAGCAGCCUUUGUGCCGGAGUUCAGAGUGUGAGUGUGUGUGUGUGCGUGCGUGUGUGUUUGAGCUCAACUGAGCGAGCGUCUGCCAGCCGGGGGAGUGUAGGGGGGGGGGGGGGGUAGUGUAUUCAGGGGGAGAUGAGGAUCAUGGCCAUCCACACAGCCACCAGCGCGGUAAAAUUCAUGUCAUGUCUGCAGUCUGGCUGCAGCUGCCUGAUCAGGGCCGAUUCAGCGGUGAAUGGAGGCGAAAUCUGUGACUGCCAGCUGUCCCUCCAUUGACUCUCUCAGGGAUCGUUUUGUCUGGAGGUCCUACUGCCUCCCGUGGCUCAUUCAUCUGCCCUGAUCUGGGGAUGAGAUGCACGCCACCUCUCCUCUCCUCCUAUCAGCCCCUAUCUUCUCUCUCUCAAAUAGCCGUGAGGGGACGAGGUGACAAAGCGAGAGAAGGAGCCAGAACCCCUCCCCCUCUCUCCACCACAACAUGUGACCUUUCUUCUUUUCAUCCCUCUAUCCUCAUUAAUUACAUCGCCUAGCUUUGGCACCGUGGCGAAAUGGACCCGUGUUAUUUACUUACUCUCCACAAGCAGCUGGCGAAGAGCCAGCCAGAAAGCAGCACCAAAACCCUUCCUGCAGUUCAUACCUUAGAUAAACUGAUUUGAAUCCCUCGUCAGACCAACCUUGUUGGAGCCAGCCAGCAUCCUCUAACAGAGGCCACCCCAUGCGGUGCAGAGUGCCUCUGGAGCAGGCCAUGGAGAGACAGGGGAUACAUGAUGGGACCAUGGCGGACACGCUGGAAGUUUGUUUUCAGACCAAAAUGCACCAUUUGGAGUAGUGUGAUAAUGACUGUGUGGUACAGGGACCAUGACGAGAACCGUACUGGAUUUUGUGAUGUAUUCCUCCUCAGUCCCUCCCUCCAGGAAACACCUGAAGGAACCAAUGCGUGUCUAUGUGUGGCAGGGUUUUAGUUCCUUGUGAUGAUGUCUGGAGAGAACUGCACCAUAAACUUUACAGUACAAUGUCUUCAUUAGCAAAAAAAUGAAUAAACCAGGUAACUUGUUUCUGAACUGGAAGGUGGCUUCCCUCUUAGAUAUCAAUGGUAGGAGAAGACAUAUGAAGAGAUGGUUCUACUACAACCCGAGGCCUUUAAGAGUCCAUACAGCAACACUGUUUUCUUUCUUCUGUUACACAUAAGUAGAAGUUCCUCAACACUAUACCGUGUGAAAAUAAAAUAAUCCAGCAACAACAUCCAACCUCCAUCUAAAAGUGAACUGCAAUCAAGGUUUUAGACAUACUGCAUGUGUCCUAGUGUUAAAAAAGUGAUUGCCAGUAUUUUGUACUUUUAAUAGGCACCUUUUAUUGGUUAGCAUAGACAAAGUAUGGGAAAGUUCACCAUUCCUAAUGAAACAAGUGAAAUUACAAAUGCAGAUUCAGCAAAAAUAUAUUGGCUCACAAAUUGAAUGGGUAUUUCAGCUCCUGAUCAUGCACAUGAUCUGUCUGGCCAUAAUAUUAGCAGUCAACAAACCUAAAGUACCGUACAGUGUAAACAGACACAUCCUAUGGUAAUGGAACCAAUACUGAAUUCAACACCAGCAGUAAAAAUUGGACUCAGGACUAAAGUAGCAGCUUACUGUGGUACACCUCCUAUUUCUAAUGUGCUGUAUAUGUCUGUGUAUUAGAUCAUCAACCAAAAAAAUUGGUAGCUGCAAGAAAAUGUGAUACUGCUUAGUAAUACAUUUUCAGAUUCAGUCUUUGAAAGUAGUGUUUCAAUCAUUCAGGUGCAUUUAAGUAUAAAUGAAAUAUUUAUUUAAUUACAUUAAACAAACAAAACAUUCUUAAGCUAAAUGUUCAAAGGGAACACCCUUGACCUAAACUAACCAGCAUUUUUUAUUAGAAUGAUACUAGGCUCAUUUUCUUUCUUUCUUUCAUAUUUUAGAAAGAGAGCUAGAAACCGGGCUAGACAACUCACAGAUGGGCUUCAGCAAAUUAGUGUCAGAGUAAUAAAUGAAAAAAAGAUGGAGAGAAAUUAAGCUGGAUAAAAAUACCCAUCUGGUGGCACCUCCUACUCUGGGCCAGCCUUUGAUGAAUAGCAUUCCCUGAGAUGGAAAUACAAGGACAAAGCAAAUUUCAUAGAGCUGUUGGCCCCCCUCUCCUACUGCCUCCCACAUCACAAGUGGGGCACAGGAGCCCCUGCCAUACUGAGCAUGUCUGACUGCCUGUCUGUCUCCAGCUACAGCUUCAUGCAUGUGGCUGCCACCACUGCGACAAGGGGCCCCUCAGCAGGCCCAGUCCAGGGCUAUAGGGGUCAACAGGGGACACUCUCAGCCUCAGGGUCCUAGUAGGACUUAACUUACCAUUCCUUUAAACCACACCGACCUGACAACACAACAGCAGCACUGGGACACCCGGCCUCCUGCUCACAGAAGUAGCCAAAAUACGACCAUGAUGCCUCACAUUUUAGUACACAUUGUUUACAAGGUUUUAUGGUAUUAUAGACUAAGCUGAAUAUAGAAUGUGUCCUCUGUUUUUCAUCUUCGCAGCAAGGGUUGUUUUGAUUUAUUUACAAUGUCAAAUAUGAUUUGUAAUCUAUUCACCAGCACGUUUCUGGUCUUAGUUUUGGCAAAUUGUAACAAAACGUAUUUCUGUGAUAUGAAACAAACUGAAUCUUGUUUAUCUGAAAAUAUGCUUGUGUUGAUUUCCCAACGUUAUUGUAGAACAGGGGAUAAUGGGGGUGUUUAAAUAUAUUUUCAUGUGCUACAAAUGCAUUGGAUCCAGCCUACACUCCAGAGUGUACUAGUCAGAACUGUCUAAUCAAAUAUAUAAGGGUCACCCCUAUUCAUCAUAUAUAUUGUAUAUUGACAUACAUUUUAUGAUCUGCAUUGAUGAAUGUAAUUGGUCGAUAAGUAGUACCAAAAUUCUGACAUUGCAUUGAUAAUAGAUAUGCAUGUACAAAUAGUAAACGUCUCUGAAAUUGGAGUAACUGCACUUCAUAUAGCCCCCCAUGCAACACCUUAUAAUUGAAAAAUUGGGGGAGAAUGAUGGUGAAAGUCAUUUCGAAAUAUGCAUCACUAUGCUAACAGAACAUAUUGCUAAUAUUGUCAUAUUGGAAACCCCCUCUGCUGUGUAGACUGUUUCAUUCCUGCACUAUUCUUUAUGGAUUGGUGCAUAACAAACUAUGUAUUUAUAUCAAUCAGGCAAUUGCUAUAUUGCAAUUCGAUAAAGCUCAUUUAUUCCGUGUGUAAAAUGGUUAAACAACUUACCAUCUCGUUCAUCUUAGUAUCACGUUUGACCAAUAAUUAGCAUUGCUUUAUCAUGUACAUGUAUGCUUUUUGUAGUGUGGUACAUUCAGCUGUUCUGACAGCGAGUAUGUGGAUAGAGGUAAAAGCACUUUGUUGUAAAUAUGUACGUAGAUCUGAGAGAUGCCAUUCUCAUUUUGGAUAGAGUUAUUAGUGUAGUGACUCUGCAUUACUGAAUAAACUGUUACAGUCAACGUUG